AUGUCCUUGAAACAUGUCGCUGAAGAUGUCGGAUCGUUCUUUUCCUUGAAAACGCUGGAUUCGAGGCUAGAUCCAGGUCUGGACCAAAAACGCAUACAGAAGGCAAAAUUAGGGCCCAGCAGAAGUCGAUGGAACUCCCUGGAGUUCAAACUCUAUUAUGUAGCGUUCGCCAUUGCAGUUCCAAUGAUGCUGAAAACAGCCAUGUCAGCUACAAACGAGCAAAACCCAAAUUUUGCUCGAAUCGAACCGCUGCUAAGUAAAGGCUGGAUUUUUGGACGCAAAGUGGAUAAUAGUGACUCGCAAUACAGGUUUUUCCGCGAUAAUCUUCCACUUCUUUUGGGUCUGGCAGCACUUCACACAUUCUCCAAGAAAGUGGUACUCCGGACGGUCAAAUGUCGUAAAGUCACAUUCGACCUCAUUUUUGGCCUCAUUUUCCUAUUUGCCGCACAUGGUGUCAGCGCUCUACGUGUGCUAACGCACUUGAUGAUCAAUUUCACAAUUGCCAAAAGUCUUCGCAGAAAACCAAGAGUCGCCAAACUUUUGACGUGGACUUACGGUAUUGGAUCCCUAUUUAUUAACGACAAUUACCGCAAAUAUCCGUUCGGAAACAUUUUGUACAUUUUGUCGCCACUGGAUUCGUCCUUCACAGGAAUCAUCGAACGGUGGGACGUAUUCUACAACUUCACUCUGCUAAGAAUGCUCAGUUUUGACAUGGAUUUCCUCGAAAAGUGGCAGGAAAUUACGCAGGGGCAAAAUAACGCCACACAGACGCAGCCCACAGCAGCAAAGCCUGAGCUCAAGAGAUCUGCAUCUUCGGCCACCACACUGGAAACCAUAUGUGAAGAUGGCCACAAGAAUUUGCUCAUGGAAGAGCGCGCAAGACAAAAUGCUCCUCAUCACAUCCAGGAGUACUCGCUGGCUCAUUACCUUGCGUACAUCACCUACACCCCGCUGUUCAUUGCUGGUCCCAUAAUAACCUUCAAUGACUAUUUAUAUCAGUCUCAGCACACAUUGCCGUCCAUCAACAGAAAGGCAAUCUUGAAGUACGCUCUGCGGUUUGCUUUCUGUGUGUUGACCAUGGAAGUUGUGUUGCAUUACAUCUAUGCGGUUGCUGUGUCCAAAACGAGGGCUUGGGAGAACAUUACACCUUUCCAGAUCUCGAUGAUUGGUCUAUUCAAUCUCAACAUAGUCUGGCUAAAGUUAUUGAUUCCUUGGAGACUUUUCAGACUCUGGGCACUGGUGGACGGAAUCGACCCACCUGAAAACAUGAUUCGUUGCAUGAAUAACAACUUCAGCGCCCUUGCAUUCUGGAGAGCUUGGCACAGAUCUUUCAACAAGUGGGUAGUUCGGUAUAUUUACAUACCGCUGGGGGGUUCGAGAAGCAGAAUUCUCACUUCUUUAGCAGUAUUCUCUUUCGUCGCGAUCUGGCACGAUAUUGAGCUGAAACUUCUGCUGUGGGGGUGGCUCAUAGUGCUGUUUUUACUGCCAGAAAUCUCUGCACAGCAAAUAUAUUCCGGGUCUCACAAAAAACCAUGGUACAGGUACCUUCGCUCAGUAGGUGCCAUUUUGAAUAUCUGGAUGAUGAUGAUCGCUAACCUAUUUGGUUUCUGUUUGGGCUACGACGGCACGGUUUACCUCAUCAAAGGCAUUUUCCUGACAUCAUCUGGCCUACAGUUCCUCAUAUGUGCGAAUGGGGCUCUAUUUAUUGCAACUCAAGUCAUGUUCGAGCAAAGAGAACAUGAAAAACGCAAUGGAGUGAACGUGAAAUGCUAA